CGCCGUGAUUACGUACUAGUUGGUGAAUACGGAGAAUGCGUAUUAUACGCAGGAAUCUGUCGUAAAAUACGUCCUGGGCUCUGUACUCCGGCGUGAAAGUAGAGAAUACGAGUGCUUCAGAUGAUCGCAUAGGAUAUUUUCUCAACCGCAACCGAGCUUAUGUUAGCAGCCGUGAGCGGAACACUCAAAGAGUCCGGGGGAAUCCAGUGGAUUUCUGGCGGAGGCCAUAUUAUGCUGCUUGAAAAUGUACCCGAAUAAUCGGAUGACAGCACUCCAAUCCAUCGAAGGAAAACUUUCGAGUUCAGUUUAAACGGUGGGCUUGCAAUAAAAGGAGGUCGUGUGGCUAACAGGAUCCCGAGGGCUGCUGUGAACCGAUCGAGCUGUGGCUAGCAUGGUGCUAAUAUCACACAUGCAGCCGAACUACAUCGAUUGACUGAAAGACUGCGUCGCUUCUCGGGUCUGCUAAUGUUCAUGAGGCGUGUUUGGGUCCUGCGUUCUCAAGAUCCCCACUCCCUUAUAGGGAGACCUGAAUCCGAUCUGCUUUACGGGCCAUAUAUUUGCCUAGCUUGACUGUCAUUUCAUGUAUGGAUGGACGCGUGCAUGCUUUGACAGAAUCCUGCGUGCAUCGUUGCAGCGGCACAGAGCAUCCAAAGGAGGGGCUCUUACUUUAGCAAAUAUACAUUGGAUCCGUCGAAGCAUUUAAUUUGCGGAGACUCGCGGCUGCUCGUCUCCCUAAGAACACUACGUAAGGCUUCAGCGUACCCUACGUCUUUUUGAAGGAAUAAUUUCGGGUGACAUUGCAGUCUCUCCCCUCUCUCGGAGAGAUAUAACGUAAGCUCUUCUCGUUUAUUACGUCUGUGAACGGAAGGGAAGGUGGAGCAUUGCCCGUCGUACGUGCUGACGCAGUGGGAUUUCUACGUGUGGUCUGCGUUUCGACCCGCCCUUCCCGCGGUGACGGUGAUGGGUCGGAAGCGGUGUGUCGGUGCAGAUUGUUCGAAGAUGGCGGCCGGGUGCUGCGGGGUGAAGAAGCAGAAGUUGUCGGGAUCCCCCGGUGCGGGGGGUCCCGGCGGGGCGGGGAGCGGGGUAGCCGGGACCGGACAUUGUGGAUCGGAAUUGGGGAUCGGGUCGUCUUCGACUGUCGUGGCCGGGAACGUGAAUCGGGUGAACGGCCUGGGGGGUUCAGGGGGUAGUAGUAGUAGUAGCAGCAGCAGCAGCGGCAGCAGCGGCGGCGGCGGCAACACCAAUGUUCUAUCCCCAACUCCAGGAGGCUACAACUCAACGGGCCUCUCCCCGACUCUCAGUCCCGGACCUGGCUCGGGAGGCAGGAAAAUGGUCGUUUCGGCGGAGAUGUGUUGCUUUUGCUUCGAUGUGCUUUAUUGCCAUCUAUACGGAUACCAGCCUCCUCGAACACCCAGGUUUACAAACGACCCCUACCCACUGUUUGUCACUUGGAAAAUCGGCCGGGACAAGCGGUUAAGGGGUUGUAUAGGUACAUUUUCUGCCAUGAACCUGCACUCAGGACUCAGGGAGUACACCCUUACUAGUGCCCUUAAAGACAGUCGCUUUCCCCCCAUGACGAGGGACGAGCUGCAGCGCCUCUUCUGCUCAGUGUCUCUGCUCACCAACUUUGAGGAUGUUGGGGAUUAUUUAGACUGGGAGGUGGGUGUUCACGGCAUUAGGAUAGAAUUUUUUAAUGAAAAAGGAUCAAAGCGCACCGCCACCUACCUGCCAGAGGUUGCGAAGGAGCAAGGAUGGGACCACAUUCAGACCAUAGAUUCCUUACUUCGAAAGGGAGGUUACAAAGCUCCCAUCACAAAUGACUUCAGGAAGACUAUUAAAUUGACCAGGUACCGUAGUGAAAAGAUGACAAUGAGCUACGCAGAAUACAUCGCCCACCGCCAGCAUCAUCACUACCAGAAUGGCAUCGGGCACCCUCUCCCUCCAUACAACCAUUAUUCCUGACAGCGAGCCGCAUGACCAGUCACUGGACCUCUCUGCGGACAUCUUCCCCGGAGAGCCCGCCUCCUCGUGGUCUAGCUAUCUGUACUACUGUACCAUUUUAUGAUGAUAGUUUCCGUUGCCAUGUCCACAGUCAUAUGGAGGCAUGGCAGCGGGUGCAAAAUAAGCAUUAGGUGAUUAUAAAGCGAAAUUCAUUUUGUCAUUUUUAUUAUUUGUAUUAAUUUAGUUUUUGCAGCAUAUACAUAUAAAUAUAUAUCGACCCCUUACUCUUUUUUUUUUU